UUGCCAUAUGACCGGCUUGGGCGGCUGGGUGAGUUUCUCGGCUCGUCUCGCUGCCUCGAUCCGUUCCGUGGCUGCUGCUGCUGGUUCCCUUCGCCGCUUCGGCAUGGAACCGCCUCGGCUUCGCUUCCGACCGCCCUUCUACGGCUGUCUUCUCCUCCUGCCCCUGCUGCUCGACGGCCUGGUUGUUUUCCAGACCUACGCGGUAGAUUUGGAGGUGAAAGAUGACUCUAACGUGUCUUGCCUGUUUGCGAAAUGGAUGGUGAAAUUCUCGAUAACCUACGAAGGAACCGAUGAAUCUAAAACAGCUACGUUUAUGCUCCCGGAAAACCUGAGCUACAUCGGAACCUCUUGUGGGAAUGAGACCUCGGGCCCUGUCCUUUCUAUUGAGUUUGGGGACGGGAAUUCUUGGACCAUCCGUUUUACAAAGACCAAAGACACUUAUCAAGGAGUCAUCACCUUUGUCUAUAACACCGGAGACUCGACAUUCUUUCCAGAUGCUAAAAGGAAAGAACGAAUAACCAUUGUGGCCAAUUUUCCUGCCAACCCAAUUCCGCUAAACACGGCGUUUAGUUGUGGCACUGAGGACACGGUGAAAAGUGGUGAUGUCACCCAGACGUUCCAGAGUGUAACUCUGCAAGCUUUCCUUCAAGAUGGACGCUUGAGUAGCCAGAAAACUCUGUGUGAUAAUGACAUGACAGCUACUAUUCCUGGGGCCAGCAAAUCCGGCAACACUGGCACCGCAGAGUUAAAUGCCACAGAAACGCCAUCAUCUCCCACCAUCCAACCAGAGGAGAAACCUGCCUCAGGAAGCUACACGGUCAAAACUGGCCCGGUUACCUGCAUUUUGGCAAACAUGGGUUUGCAGCUGAACGUCACCCAACAGAUUCCCACGAUAAUCAACUUCAAUCCAAACAGCACAGUGGCCUCUGGUAAUUGUGGCAAGACAACUGCCGUGCUUCGGUUGAGUGACGGUAACACUAAGGUUGAUUUCCUCUUUGCUGUGAAAAAUUCUACCUCUUCGGAAAAAUUCUAUCUGAAAGGAGUGGAUAUCAGUAUGACGGAAUCGCUAAACGCUACCUUUUUGGCCUCAAAUCACACCCUCAACAACUGGGAAACCACCAUGGGGAACUCAUAUCUGUGCCGAAAAGAAGAAUCGAUCUUUGUGAGCCCUGGCUAUAAAGUCAACAUCUUCGAUUUAAAGAUCCAGCCAUUUGAAGUGGAAGAAGGGCAAUUUUCAGCAGCGGGAGAAUGUUCGCUGGAUGAUGACACUGUUCUAAUCCCAAUUGUAGUUGGAGCUGCCCUUGCAGGCUUGGUUGUCAUAAUAGUAACCACUUAUUUAAUUGGCCGGAGGAAAACGUACGCCGGCUAUCAAACCCUGUAGAGUCCAGCGUGACUGUUCUUCAAUCUUAAAAGCCCGUUUACCACGUAGAAGCCAACUGUAAAAUUUGGGACUCUAUUUAAAAAUGGGGAACUCCUCCUCCCCCCGAAACACAGCCAACAAUUGAUCUCUAAUUGUAAUAAGGACUUUGCAAACUGCGUCGCAGUGCUUAGGAAUGGCCAAACUCGACUCUGAAAAGAAACUUCAGCUUGAAAUAGGGUUAUGUCGAGCUGCACCCAGUCAGUCAAUAAGUAAUUUUUGAGAAGUGGGGUUGGUUUUAACCAGGCUCAAUUUUAGGAUGUUAAAGCAAUAAGGGUGCAAAAUCAAAGCAUUUGCUAAUGCUGUGUUGUGUGCAAACAAAUGGUUAACCUGGGUGCUAUAACGACUGUAACCUGGAAAUCUAGGCCUACCUGCAAAGUUGUUUUCUUUCAGCUUAUGAUGCCAAACAAAUCUGUUGGGUUAACUACUUCAGCCUGAGUAAGCUUAAUUAAUGCAUUCUUUUUUUUUCUCUCUCUCCACCAAUUUGGUAGCAGUUUACUAAUUCCAAAACUCCUCUUGGCUCUUUGAGACUUAAAAUAACACAACAGCAACAUUGAAGGAGUGGGUAUAUUCCUCUCUUUUGUGAACCAGGCGAAAAGAGUUCAUUGCUCUCUUAUUAAACAAAACGAAACAAAAAUAGGAGGAGAACAUUGUCGUUUUAGGUAGCCUUAGUUUGUUUAGCAGAUGUCCAAGGAUUUUAAUUCCUCUUUAGCUGAAGGUCUUACUUACUUACGAGCUGGGUGCAAAUAGAAGACAGGCGUUGUUAAAAAUCCAGAUUUUGCACUUUUUGCAUUUGCAGCCAUGUGUAAACGGAGUUGAGGAUCUUAGUCUCAGAAAGUUCCUCCUUGAAGUGCCUGUAAAAUUUUAGCGCAUAAAUCCCCAUUGUAAGCCUUCUUAACCAAAACAAUGUGCAAACGGCUACUGUUUAAAGUUUUAUUUUUGCCCCGGUAAUAAUGCAAAGACCAUGAAAGAUUGCUAAGCCAACGUCAUAGCAGUGAGCUUCUCUGCCACUUAAAACAAUUCCAGAACUGGAUCUUAAGGCACUUUUAGUCUACUAAAACUCCCGAGUUUACAAACAAUUAAGUGAGCAGUAGCCCUGUAAGGAUGCAUAUUCUAAAAAAACAUAGUCCUGUCCUUCCUUCAUUUAAUAUCUUGCUUUUCUCCUCAAUGUGCAACCGUAAAUAAGGUUGCACUUAAAUCGCUCUUGUAUUACUCUUUUUGUGGAUUCAACAGCUUUUUGUGUAUUAUUAUACCAGUUAGUAUAUUUGUGAAAUCAUUAUUUAUAUGCUACCGUAGAUAUUUAAAAAAACCGAACCAAGCGUGUAGUUUCACUUGAAAAUAUAUCAAUGCCUCUGUUGGAUUUGCACCCAACUAAAAGUAUGAACAAUAGAGUAACCGGCCUGUGUCAAUUUUGAUAAAUGUCUGCUUUUAACUGUUGGAGCAACUAUGGUCUUUACUAUGUUUGUAUUUCUGUGUAGGAAUUUGACUGUUUACACAUAGUUCUCUAAUAAAAAUUCUUCUGUUCAUGAGGAAA